AAGCCAUGUGGCUCCAAAGUUCUAGUAGAGAAGUUUCACUUCUACACUAAUUGCAGCAUGGCCUUCUUGAUUGGCCCACUUUAUUCCAUAUCCGCGCGGCGGAGCCGCCGCUACCUCGCUGUUCUGUCGUGGCUGCUGUGCCACCUGGGCGCGCGGGCCGCCAAGUUCGGCGACCUGGGCGCAUCGCUGUUGCAAGUGAAGGCAGACCCUCAUGACACGCUUUCGCUGAUCCCGCAGCCGAAGACGGUGCGAGUGAGGACGGGCCGUUUGGAGCUCCACGAGCUCCGCUACGACGCGCCCAGCGCGCCCCCCCGCGCUGCGCGCGGCAUUGGGCGAUGUCCUGGGUGCGACGCCCGGCGCAAGCGGCGCAGCGGCGGGGCUGCGACUCAUGCUGCAAGAAGAGGCCGAGGACUUCCAUCCGGAGGGCUACCGGCUCAACGUCAGCGAGGAGGGCAUCGCCCUCGAGGCGUCCACAGAGCACGGGCUUUUCAAUGGCCUGAUGACGCUGCGUCAGCUCAUGGUUCAUCGUGCAGACAGCGAAGGCGGUGGGUGGAGCUUGCAGAAGGUGGAGAUCGAGGACGCGCCGGAGUUCGCCUGGCGGGGGCUGAUGCUCGACGUGAGCCGGCACUUCUUCUCGCCCACGGCGGUGAAGCACUUGCUGAAGACGAUGGCACUCUUCAAGAUGAAUCAUUUUCAUUGGCACCUCACGGAUGACCAAGGCUGGCGCUUCCCGGUGGCCAAGUACCCGAACUUGAUCCGCCUCGGUGCCCAUCGCCGGGCCACGCAGCAGGGGCACAGCUCGGCCACGGAUGGGAGGCCCUACAACCACUCCUACACCGAAGAGGAGAUCCAUGAGGUCUUGUCCCUGGCAGAGUCUUUGUACAUCGAGGUGGUGCCGGAAUUCGACAUCCCCGGACACUCUCAGGCGCUCAUCGCCAGCUACCCGGAGAUGGGCAACGCCGACAGCGCCGCGCGCUGGUCCCCGGAGGUGGCCACGCACUUCGGCGCGCUGCAGUACACCUUGUCUCCCUCGGAGCGGUCGGUGAAUUUCACCAAGGACGUGCUCAGCGAGAUGGCGCAGCUCUUCCAGGCCUCGCCCUACGUGCACAUCGGUGGGGACGAGGUGCCGACGGCCCAGUGGGAACACAGUCCGAGCGCCAUGGCCGUGGCACGGAAGGAGCACGUGAGCCUGAAGCGGCUGGAAGGGAUGAUGCUCGGCAAGGCGGCGGAGCACCUGCACGGCUUGGGGCGGAAGGCGGUGGUCUGGGACGAUGCCAUGGAGAGCGGCGGACAUCUGCCGGACGAUGCCGUAGUGAUGAUCUGGAGGUCCUGGGAAGGCUUGGAGAAGCUGGGCAACAGAGCCUUCGCGCAAGGGCAUUCGGUGGUCUUGGCACCACAGGCCUACACCUACUUGGAUCAAUGGCAAGACCGCACCCACUCGCACUUUGAUGCGAUCGGCGGCUUUUUGCCGCUCUCGACGGUCUACGCCUCGCCCACGCAUGCGGGCCGUGCGCACGUGCUGGGGAUCCAGGGGCAGCUUUGGAGCGAGUACAUCCGCGAAGGCUCCCGAAACCUGGACUACAUGGCGUGGCCCCGCGGCUGCGCGCUGGCCGAGGUGGGUUGGUCCGGCGAAGGCCGCGGCCGCUUCCGCGACUUCCGGCAGCGCUUGGCGAAGCGUUUGGAGGACUUCAAACUGUACGACAUCAACCUGGGAGAGAUGUGAGUGUUCAAACGCUGAGAGGGCUGUUCCAAAGGAUGGCGCUGCCGCGCCAACGUUGGCACCACCUGUGGGAAAAAAGGCGC